AUGGGGCAGCGCCGCGAUCAUUCGCCCAUGUUUAAUAUAAAUCAUUUGGCAGCCAUUAUUCCUCGAUACUCGAGAAUAGCGAUUUAUAUUAAUUAUUUUUAUUUUCUAUUAUUGUUGCAGAAAGAAAAACUGUUCAUUGGUAUGCUGUCAAAAAAAAUAUCUGAACCCGACAUCAGAUUGAUGUUUGAACCUUUCGGAGCCAUCGAAGAGUGUUCGGUGCUCCGGGACCCGAAUGGCGUUAGUAAAGGUUGUGCAUUCGUCACGUACACGACCAAACAGAACGCUAUAGCGGCUAUCAAGGGUAUGCAUCACUCGCAGACCAUGGAGGGCUGUACGUGUCCGCUUGUAGUCAAGUUCGCCGACACCCAAAAGGAAAAGGACCAGAAACGCAUGCAGCAGAUGCAAGCGAACCUAUGGGGUCUGGCGGCGACCGGAGGCAACAGUGUGCCUACCGCCCAGUAUUUGGCGCUCGGUGUAUUAGCCAAUCAGCAGAUGAAUAGUGACACGAAUUCGCUGUCAUCGCAAGUACUCCAGCAGAUCCAACUGAAUGCAGCCGCUGCUGCCGUGGCAGCCAACAACAACAAUAACCAUCAGUUAAACAAUCUGCUUUUGACCAACAACACAGGUGCGCUCAAAUCCCCGUAUCAUGUCCAGACGUCCCAUUACCAUCCCACACAUGUAGAUACCGUCUCACCUCGGCGUUUAGAUUACACCGAUCCUUUCUAUACAGGCUACCAGAAUUUAUCUGCGUCGCCGCCGAGUCUGGGAGACCUGAACCCCGGCAACUUACAGAACUUGUCAACGCUCGCCAAUUUGUCCGUCGGAAACCCUAUAGUCAACUCUGUGAAUAUGCAGAAUCUAGUCACAUUGGCCGCGAUGGGAGCAAAUUCCGUCUCGCCAACAGGGUCCAGUUCAUCUAGUCUAAGUAGUUCAGCUCUGUCAAGUUUGUCGCCAACGUCUGCAGCCGCUGCAGUUUUAUUUGGGAAAAAUUCCGGUCUUUUGGCAGGUACCAACGGCACGAACGGUGGAACAUACGGUUCGUCGCUGAACGCACUUGGUCUCACGUUAGCCGACCUAAACUCCAACCAGUUCGCCAUGCCGCAAUCACCACCAGCCAGUUCACCGCUGUACUUUUUAAACAACAAUAAUAACAACAACAACAGCCCGACAAAAGUGUCCAGCAAGCAGCUUGAAGGUCCGGAAGGUGCCAAUCUGUUUAUAUACCAUCUCCCCCAGGAUUUCGCUGAUUCUGAUCUCGUGACCAUGUUUUUACCAUUUGGUAACGUUAUAUCGGCAAAGGUUUACAUUGAUAAAGAGACCAAACUGUCCAAGUGUUUCGGGUUCGUGUCGUACGACAAUGCGUACAGCGCUCAGGCUGCCAUACAGACGAUGAACUCGUACCAGGUGGGCAACAAGAGGCUGAAAGUGCAGCUGAAGAGACCCAAAGAGGCGUCCAGGCCGUACUAACCGCGCCAUCGAUCGACUAACAACCGACCGACCGAUCGUGCCUCGUUCCCGGCAAGAGCGGUCGUACGCCGUAUUGUUUUUAUAUAAGAAGACAUGAAAUAUAAUAAUUGUUAUGUGUGUACAUAAUAAUACUUGGUUUCUUUUACUUUUGUUUCGUUUUUUGUUUUUGUUUUUUUUUUAUAUAAUAUAUAAAUUUGUAUAUCUACAUGACACAGAGUAGUAGGAAUAUUUUUAACGCAGUUUUGUUUGAGGUAAAACAAUCCAAAAAAGGAAUUUAUGAAGAAUCACUAAAUUACGAAAAAUUGAAACGUAACUUAAUAACAUGACAUUCUCAUUUGAACUAAUUUACUAUAUAUAUUAUAUAUGUGAGUAUAAGGAAAAUGUCAGAUUAUUAAUUUUGUUUCGUUUUGAUGUUUUUCUUCAUUAUUUAUUUUUUUUAUUUUACUCUAAUGAGGUUUUUAUUUCUUUACAAAAGGACCAAUUUUCGUUAUUAUUCUCUGGGACGUCGUUUCGACUCGUCUCUAUGUAUGUAUGUAUGGUUUUACACUUUACACUAAACAGUAGUCUUAAAUUAAUUAAUUUUUGAUCGUUUAAUGACAUUCUCUAGACUGCUCUUAUUAUUAAUGUGUAAUGUUUUUCUUUAUAAUUUUCGAACUAAUCGUGUAUACCCUUGAAAUUAUUUGUUCGGCAAUCAGGGUAUUAAGAGAGUAUACCCAUAAAGAAAUGUAAUUUAUUUAAUAAAUAAAAAUAAUGUACUAAAAAACAUUGAAUUACGCCCCGUAAUGGUUCCUGUAGUUAAAUGAAAAAAUAUUUAAAAAAAACAAAAAAAAACAUGUUUAGCGUACAGUUUUGUAAAAAUAAGUGGUCAAAAUAUAUAGUAUACUCAUAUAGUCAUAUGUAAUAACUACCUAAUAAUAAUGUUUGUUUUGUUUUUUCUUUUUAAUUGCAACGACUUAUAAAAUUAAAUUUUGUUCAGUAUUAAUUUUAAUUUAUUGUUUUUGCAUGUGUUAAUAAUUUUAUAGACUUUUUCCAAUUGAUGCCAUUUUCAAUAACUACAAAGACUUACAUUUUUGUUUAGGUGAUAUUAUUAUGUUCUUUGUGCUUAAAAAAAAAAACUAAAAAAAUCACGUGUUCAUGAUUGUGAAAAUUUGUCUUUUUUUUGUCUUGUGUCCCGUUUGCAUUUAUAUUAUAUAAAGUAAUAAUAUUGUUGAAUAAAUGUUUAUAUGAUAUCAAUCAUCACGAUCGUUAACAGGCAUUAUUGUGAUAAGAAUAGCCUAAUUUUGUUUUGUUUUAUUAUUAUUAAAAUGUUUUUUUUUUUCCAUUAAUUAAAAGCAUCGAAACUUAAUUAUAUUAUAUAUUUAUUUAUAUAAAAUAUAUAUUAUUAUAGCACUGCUACUCGUGAGCUAUAGUAACUUAGUCAAAACUUAUUGAAUAUUUUUUAAAAUAGUGUUUUGGUGCUAAAGCGAUUUUUAACAUGUUUUUUGUUUAUUUUUUUUUUUUUUUGCAUUAGGCCAUAUUAUUAUGUUAUGUAAUAUUAGGUUAAGAUAUCUAGCCCAAGUGAAAUGGUUUUUUUUUUUUAAUUUUGUUUCAAUAAUUCCCCCCUCCAAUUUUUGAAGACUCUUAUUAUAUAUAUUUAGAUAAAACACGUUGUAAUAUUAUGUUUAUUGAUGUUCACUUAUUGUUUGUGAAAGAAAAGUUUUUUGUGUUUCAACAUAUUUUUUCCGUUCAUUUUUAUGAAGUUAUAUAUAAAUGAAUACUUAAUACAAAUACAUUUGCAUGUAAUAAUGCCGUACAAUUAA